AUGUAUAUUGAGAAGUUAAAUUUGAACUCUGAAAAUGAGAAGAUCACGAGCUUAGAUUUCCAGGCUCAUAGUGAUAUGAAUAGAUUAGCUAUUUCUAGCUUACACCAAAUAAAAAUAUAUCAUAUUCCUUUAAAAGAUAAAUGUUUAAGGAAUAAUAAAAUAAAUAUUGAAUUAUUAUUUGUAAGUAAUGAUCAUAAACUUGUUUAUAUUAAUACGAUACGUUGGAGUUUCAAUGGUCUCUUUUUGGCUAGCUGUGAUAGUGGAGGUACAUUAGUAUGUUACGAAUUGGAUUUGAAUAAAAAAAAAAUUAUGGAUGAAAUAAAAAAAAAUAAUGAAAAUAAUAAUAAUAAUAUGAAUAAUAAUAAUAUGAAUAAUCUGAAUAAUAUGAAUAAUCUGAAUAAUAAUAAUAAUAAUAACAAUAAUAAUAAUAUGAAUAAUAUGAAUAAUAUUAAUAAUAAUAAUAUGAAUAAUAUGAAUAAUAUUAAUAAUAAUAAUAUGAUUAGUACCUAUUCAUCCAUAGGAAAUAAAGAAGAAUGGAAAAUGACAAAAUGUGUAAAGAUACCUGAAAGUGGAGAAAUCUUUGAUCUGUCAUGGUCUAGAGAUAAUGAACAUGUUGUGUGUGGUGUAUCGAAAGGUGUUGUUUAUAUAUUUAAUUUGAGAAGAUCUAUUAUUGUACACAAAUUAUUUGUUAAUGGUACUACCGAAAAUAUUAAAGGCGUAUGCUUUCAUCCUAGUAAUAAUUCAAUCAUAGCACAGAGUAGUGAUAAUAUUACAUGUUUAUGGAAAAAAAUUAAUAUAUCUGGAGAUACGAAAAAUUAUUGUGGUAAUUUUUAUGAGAAAAAUAUAAAAACAAAUAUAAAUGAGGAUUUUAUAAUAAAUGGAAUGAAUAAUAUCAACAAUGUGAGCCAUAUCAACAAUGUGAGCCAUAUCAACAAUGUGAACCAUAUCAACAAUGUGAACCAUAUCAACAAUAUGAACCAUAUCAACAAUAUGAACCAUAUCAACAAUAUGAACCAUAUCAACAAUAUCAAUAUGUCUCAUUAUACACAUGACAAGAAAAGAAGUAUACAUAAUGAUUUUGUAACUUCUACACAACCAUUAACAAGAGAAUAUUUUCAUUAUAUAUAUGAAGAAAAUAUGAAUAAAAAAUAUAAAAAUAUAGAUACUCCUACUAUUCGUCAUAUUUACUUUGAUACAUUUGGUAAAUAUGCUAGCAUUACUCAUAUUCCUAAUAAUGGACGCAAUUGUGGAAUCUUAUUAAAAAUUAAAAAUAACGAAAAAAUUAAUAGAAAUAGAAUAUUUAUGGAUGGACAUGGAAGUUGUAUACGACUAGCCAAAAUAGGACAGAAGGUAUUUAUCGAUGUUCAAAAAAAAAAAUUAUACAGUUUGUAUUGUCAAUGUAGUGAUAACGGGGUUAUAUCGUUUUGGAAAAUCUUUUUGAAGAGAUUGAAGAGAAAAUCGACAUCUCAUAUGAAAGAUAUUAAUAAUAAGAGCAGUGUGAAUAAUGUGAACAAUGUGAAUAAUGUGAACAAUGUGAAUAAUGUGAACAAUGUGAAUAAUGUGAACAAUAUGAACAGUGUAAACACCAUGAACAGUGUGAACACCAUGAAUUAUAAGAACAGUGUGAUUUGUUUAAGUGAGGGCAAAAAAAAUUUUAAUAAAUAUUCAGUGGAAAAAAAAAAAUCGAUAUUAAAAAGAAAAAAGAAAAUGAAUAAAUAUGCACGUUGUUUUUUAAUUAUUCAGAAUCUUUUAGAAGAACAGACAUGUGCUGUGGAUUUAAGUUGGUCAGAAAAAUAUGAUCAAUUAGUUAUCGGAGCUUCUAAUGGAUCUGUAUAUAUAAUACAAUUAGACGUUUUUAAAUUACGAUUAAAACCAUUUUAUUAUAAUAUUAAAAUAGAUAUAAGUAAUAUAGGUCCUAAUUAUGAUAUGAUUGAAAAAGAAAUAGAAUUCAAGGUUGUAAAACCAAAACAAAUAAAAGAUAAUUAUCAACAUGUAGAUAAAAAAGUUAAGAAUAGAAUAACACCCAAAAUUAAAUAUUUAUAUGAUGAAUAUGGUAAUAUAAUUGAACAUAAUAACAACAACAACAAUAAUAAUAAUAACAAUAAUAAUAAUAAUAAAUAUAAUAUUAAACAUAAUAAUAAUAAUAAUAAUAAUAAUAAAACACCAGAUGUUAUUCACAUUUUAAAUUGUUCUGUUUACUCAUUCUGUAAACAAUUAACAACAAAAGAUUCUCUCUCCAAAUUAUUAGAUGAGAGAAAACAAUAUUCAUGCAAAAGUAAUUAUAAGAACAAAUGUAACCUUUAUGAUAACCAAUGGUGUCAUAUAAAAUUUUCAUCUAUUGUAAAUAUAUUACUCUAUAUAUUUAUGAAAGUUAUAGAAAGAUUUAUAAAAUCUUUUGAAAUUCUUAUUUAUUCUGAUGUAUAUACAGUGUUCCAUAAGACUUUACCUAUAUUAACUUCUACGGACAUUAUUUCUCAGGGUAAUAGUAAUAACUUAUGUCGUGUUCAUAAGGACGAGGCAUCUCGUAAUGACUCCCCGAACGAUUCUGGGGAUUCGCACAAUAGAAAUAAUGAUAAUAAUGAUAACAACAAUAAUAAUGAUAAUAAUAAUAAUGAUAAUAAUAACAAUAAUGAUAAUAAUAACAAUAAUAAUAACAAUAAUAAUAAUAAAAAUAAUAGUAACACCGGUGGAGGUGGGAACAACAACAACAAUAAUAAUAAUAACAAUAAUAAUAAUAAUAAUAAUAAUAAUAAUAACAAUAAUAAUAAUAAUAAUAACAAUAAUAAUAAUAAUAAUAAUAAUAAUAAUAACAAUAAUAAGAACAACAACAAUAAUAAUAAUAAUGAUGAUGAUAAAAAAAAGAAAAAGAAAAAUGCUAUAUCUAAAGGGGAAAAAAGAAAUAGCCUUAGUAACGAUAAUAGUAUAGACGAUGACCCUAAUACAGAAAAAAAAACAAAAUCGGUGAAAAGUAAAAAAAUAAGUAAACCGAUCAUUUCAAAUGUUACGAAUAUAAUAAAUAGUAAUAUGAACAAAAGUACCAUAAACAGUAACAACAUCAGCAGCAACAAUAAUAAUGAUAAUAAUAAUAAUAAUUGUAGUAAUAGUAAAAUUUUUAAGGAUGGAAAAACAAAUAAAAACUCGAAGAAAAAAACAGAAACAAAUAAUGAAUUGUAUACUUUAAAAAAUAUGAACGACAUGUCAAAUAAUGAAAUGGUUAGAGGAGAUCGUAUAAAAAAUGUUGCGCAAGCAAGUAUUGAAAAAAAAAAAAUUCCUAGUAAUAAUAACACUCCAGGUAACAACAAUAAUUUGAGUAAUAUGAAUAAUCUUAAUAAUAUGAAUAAUCCUAAUAAUAUGAAUAAUCCUAAUAAUAUGAAUAAUCCUAAUAAUAUGAAUAAUCUUAAUAAUAUGAAUAAUCUUAAUAAUACGAAUAAUCCUAAUAAUAUGAAUAAUCUUAAUAAUAUGAAUAAUCUCAAUAAUAAUUUUAAAGAUGAUGAUUAUUAUUUUGAGAGUUUUACAAAUUAUUUAAGGGAAUAUGACACGUUAGAUUCAACCAAUAAUCAAGUUAAUUUAAGAAUUCUAGACAUAAUAAGAAAUAAUUAUAAUAAGGAAAAUAAUAAAGAUAUGUAUGAAUCUACCAUUCCAAUAGUUACACAACCCUUUUGUAAGUAUGAUGAUAUUAAUAAAAGGAAUAAUCAUGGAUUUGCCUUAUUUAAUAUUGAACAGACUUUAAAUGUAACUAACGUUGUUGAUUUGAGUAAAGAUAAAGGUGGAGAGAAAAAAAAAGUAAAUAAAAAGACAGAUUCAAGUGAAAAAAAGGAUAAACCAAAGGAUACCAAUUACAAAAAAAGGGAUAGUAAAUCAAAGGAUGUUAAUGAAAUGAAGAGAGAUAGUAAAGCAAAGGAUUCAGUAGACAAAAAGAGAGGAGAGAGUAAACAAAAGGAUACUAAUGAAAAAAAAAGAGAUAGUAAAGGUAGUAAUACAAAUGAUAAAAAGAGGGAUAGUAAAACUAAUGGAAUCCACGAUAGAAGGAAGGAUACAAAAAGGGAUAUGAAAAAUGUAAAUAAAGAAAUGAACAAUGAACAAAAUAAAGAAAUGAACAAGGAACAAAUUAAUGAACAAAAUAAAGAAAUGGAUAGCGAACAAAUUAAUGAACAAAAUAAAGAAAUGGAUAGCGAACAAAUUAAUGAAGAAAUAAAAACUCCAUUUAAAGAUAAAUCUACUUUUGAAAAUAUAAAUGAUCCUAAUGAUUUAACAAAAACUUUAAAUAAAACAUCUAUUAUAGAUGCUAAUUCUUCUGUGAGGAAAGAUAAAAAUAAAUCCAUAAAUAUAAAUUCUAAUACGUAUUGUAAUGCCGAGUGUGGUAUCGAAUCUAAUGUAUAUUCAAAUGCAGAAUCUGGCGUACAUUCUAAUGUAGAAUCUAUUGCGUAUUCUAAUGCAGAAUCUAAUGUACAGUCAGAUGGGGAUAAAGGAACAUUUUCAAAGAAUGAAAAAAAGGAAGAGAAAAAUAAAAAGAAAAGCACAACAACAACAAAAAAAAAAAAUAAUAAUGCUGAUAAUUCAGAUAUGGAAUGGGAAAAUUUCAAUCCACAAUUUACAAUAUUCAAUACUUUUGAACCUAAUGAAGAUAUGUUUCUUUCUAAAGAAAAACAUGAUGCUUCAAAUGAUGGAGAAAAAACGGGUUCUAAUAAUAUGCAAAAAAAACAAUCCAAGAGAAAAAGUUUAGAUAAUACAAAUGAUAAUAAGAAACAUAAUAAAAAUAACAUAAAUAAUAAUAAGAAGAAGAAUGAUGCUUUUUUUUCAUCAAAUGAAAUUAAUAAUAAAAACAAAAAUAAAAAUAUGAAUAAUAUAUCCAUUUUCCAUUCGAAUGUUGAAAAUAAUGACAUGCUUAAUAAAAAUGAUCAUAUGGAUUUGUUACAUAUGGAAAGUCAUCAAACAUAUGAUAACAUGCGUUCCUCUGACAACAAGAAAUAUGGAGAUAAAAAUGUUCAUAUGAAGAAAAAGGAAACUGAUGAAUUUGAACAGGAAGAAGUACAUGUCGGUGAUAAAAAAUUAAAAAAUGAUGAAGAACAUGUUGAUGCUCAUUAUAUGUCUUAUGGGCAUAACGUUGAAAAUAACAAAAUGAAAAAUCAAAAGAAAAGAAUGUUUUCCAACGAAGAAAAUAUGAAUAGAUUGGUAAAGCAAGAAGAAGGAUAUUGUAAAAAAUGGAAACAUGAUUCUAUGAAUACAUAUUCUUAUGAUAAAGGAGAACAUUAUGAUAUAAAUUACAACAGAAAGGAAGUGCUUGGAAGUCCAUGUAUAGAAAAUAAUGAUGACUUUAUGGAGAAUUUUAAAGAAUCAAGAAAUGUUUAUAAUAUAGAAUUGAACAAAAAAGAUGAUACCUAUGAAAGGAGAAGUAUGGUGAUUAGGCAAAGAUAUAUGGAGAAUGAAAAGGCGCAGGUACAUGAUAUAUAUAAAAAAUAUUAUGAACGAGAAGAAAAUAAUGAAGAGGAACAUGAUUUGAAUCAAUAUGAUCAUCCAUAUAAUAUGAAAAAAAGAAAAUAUGCUUCAAAUGUUUAUGAAAUUGAUGAGGUUAUGUUACAUGAUAAUAUAAUACAACAGGAUAAUAUGUAUAAUGAUACUUUACAAAAUAAUAAGAAUUAUAUAAUGCAAAGUCGUUCUAAUUAUAAUGUUGAAAUGUUGAAUAAAAAUAAUAAGUUAGACACUUGUGAAGAAAUGCGUGAUAUAAAGAAACAUAAGAAGAAUGAGAUGAAAAAAAAAAAAAAAAAUAAAAAUAAAAAUAAAAAUAAUAAUAAUAAUAAUAAUAAUAAAGAAAAAGAUGAUAAUUAUAAUAUAAAAAAUACGAAUGAAAAGAUGAUAAAAAAAGAAAAGGAUAAUUGUAAUAAUAUAGAAAAUGUACAUUAUAAAAAAAUUAUGGAUAAAAUAUUCAUUCUAGACAAUAGAUAUGAAAAUUGUCGUAUAUCUUGUUUACAUGAAAAUGCUUUAAUAAAAAAAAAAAAAAAAGAAAAAGAAAAAGGAAAAAUAACCCAAAAUAACCAUAUAUAUAAUGAUUAUAAUAUAUUAUGGCAAGAUGAGUUAUUAGGGAGAAUGAUUAAUUAUAUCUUUGACAAUUAUUAUAUAUAUAUAAUAACAAAUAAUAAUACAUGUGAUACAUCAUUAUUAAGUAUAUAUAAUUUAGAGAGCAAAUUAUUAUUAGAUAAUUUCCUGAUACCUUUAGAAAAUGUGUGUGGAAUAAAUAUAAUAAAAACAUUUUAUUUAGAUAAUAAUAAUAUGUAUAUAUUUUUUUAUAUAUAUAAUAUAAAUGGUUUAUAUUAUAUAUAUCAAUUUUAUAAUUAUAGUAUUAUAACAUUAUUAUAUUCUUUUAGUAUAUCGGAAUUAAAUACAAGUGUUGAAUGUAUAAAUAUGAGUAUUAUUGAAAAGUUAGAAAACAAUAUAUCUAUAGGAAAGAAGCAAAAAUCAUAUUUAAGAAAUUAUAAGAAUCAAUUUUUACUUCCAAAAAAAAAAACACAUAUAAAAACUAAAUUAGAAAAUGAUCAAACUGGAAAUAAUAUAAAGAAAAACAAUCAUAUUAGUUUUAUAGAUGAUAAGAAAAACAAAAAAAAAAAAAAAAAAAAUGAUGUAAUAAAAAAUAAACCAAAUAUUAAAGAAAUUAAAAAAUUAAUAAAAUAUAUAACAUUUUAUAAUAAUCAAAAUGAAAAUCGUAUAUUAUUAAAUAAUAUGAAUGUACAUUCUUUUAAUGAUUAUAAUAACUUGGGAUUAAAUCAAAUUACAUUUUUAAAUAAUAAUAAUAAAAAAAAAAAAUAUAUUACAAAUGGUAAUAAUAAUAAUAAUAAUAAUGACAAUAAUUAUGACAAUAAUAAUGACAGUAAUAAUAAGUGUAGUCGUCGCAAAAGUUAUAACAUUAAAAAAUAUAUAAAUAAAAAAAAUAUAUUUAAUAAUAAUAAUUAUAGUCCUUCCAAUUCAUUAUUAAAAACCAAAAUGAAUAAGAAAAUAUAUAAUAAAAAAUAUACACAAUUAAAACCUUACGCACCUUUAAUUGGUACUAAGAAUUAUAUAAAUAUGAAAAAUUCUUUAAGGCCAUCAUGUUGUAACGAUAUGAAUCAAUUUCAUAUAUUAAGACGUAUGCCCAUAUCUAAAAGUGGUGCUGAUAUAAAUUUGAUUAAUAAUGAAAAACGAAACAAAAAAAUGAAAACAAAAAAUGUAGCAUUAGGAAAAAAAAGUUAUAUAAAUGAAUAUUUUAAUAAAAAUAUACAUGGAUAUGAUUUAAUAUAUGAUUUUAUAUAUAGGAAAAAAUCCUUUUUUUAUAGUUACAUGUGUAUAUAUAUUUUUUUAAAAAAUGGACAUAUAUACUUAAUAAGAAGAAAUCUAAUGAUAAAAGAUAAGGAUGAACGUUUUAUUGAAUUGAAUGAACAUAUAUCUCAGAAUAAUGGUAUAACCCUUAUAUCACGUCUGGAUAAUAUUUAUUAUGACAAGUCUUUAUAUUGCGAUAUUGAUUUACGACAUGGAAAAGACGACACCGAAGAAGAUUACCUUGGUGAUAAUAUGUGUGGUGAUAAUAUGUGUGGUGAUAAUAUGUGUGGUGAUAAUAUGUGUGGUGAUAAUAUGUGUGGUGAUAAUAUGUGUGGUGGUAAUAUGUGUGGUGAUAAUAUGUGUGGUGGUAAUAUGUGUGGUGGUAAUAUGUGUGGUGAUAAUAUUUAUGAUGAUAAUACAUGUGAUGAUAAUAUCUAUGAGCAGUGCCAUUCCGAUAUAGAAAAACAUAUAUAUUCACAUGAUGAUCAUCAUUAUCAUAAACAUCAUGAGAGACGAAGAACGUUAAGGUGGAGAGGUUACAAAGAUGCAAAAUUAAAUUCUCCUUUUGUUGAUGAUUUACUUUAUGAGAAAGAAAAGAUGAAUAAAGAAUGUAAUCAGUUGAUAUUUAGCAGACAUUUAGAUAAGGAACAUUAUUUAUAUGGUAAGAAUAUUCAUUUAUUUGACAAUUUACAACAAAUACAAAAAAGAGGGAUGAGAAAUGUUUUUACUUAUGGAAACUUUUUUAACAUAUAUAAUUUCGAUUUGAAAAAAUUAUUAUUAUCUGAAAGAAAAAUAAAAAAAAUUAAAAAUAAUAAAGAAGAUUAUUUUCAAGAUUAUCUUGAACGUGAACAUGCUGAUGAAGUAAACAAAGAUAACAAAGAUAACAAAGAUAACAAAGAUAAUAAAAAUAACGUUCAACUACGAGAACGUAAUGAACAUAACAUGAACUAUAAAAUAAAUAAAGAAAACGUAGAUAGUGUACAAAUCAUAGAUGAUACACAACAUUUUUAUAAUACCGAAGAAAAGGAAAAAGAAAAAAAUAAAGCUUCCUAUUUUAUGAAGAACUAUUAUAAUGUUUCAAAGAAAUUAAAUAAUGAAACACUUAAGGAAGAUGAUAAUAUAUAUAGUAUACAUUUAGAAGAUCAUAAUAAAAUACAAGAUAUAUAUAAUCAGGUUUCUUAUAAUGAAUAUGAACCAAAUAAUCUAAACCCAUCAUUCAUACGUCCUAAAUUAAUAAGAACAAAUUCAUUACCAGCAACAUUGUCUUCAUCCUUUUUAACAGGAACACAAUCCAACUCUUUAAUAAAUCAAAAUGAUCACAAUGAUUUUUUUAGUUCAUCAUAUUCAUCAUCGAAUGAUAUUACAUCUGAUAUAUUAACAGCACAAUCUUGUAAUUUGGAAUCUGAUGAGGAAUCUGAAGAGUUCCAUGAUAUAGCAUCAUCGAAUUUUUUGUCUGAUACGUCUGUUGAUAUGUCACAAGAUGUGUCACUUGAUAUGUCACAAGAUGUGUCCCCUGAUAUGUCACAAGAUGUGUCGCCUGAUAUGUCUCCUGAUAUGUCACAAGAUGUGUCGCCUGAUAUGUCCCCUGAUAUGCCACUUGAUAUGCCACUUGAUGUAUCACAUCCUAUUCCUCCCGUUUGUAACAACUCUACCUUAGGAAUCCAAGUGAAGAAGGAAAAAAACAAAAGUGAAGAAAGAGAUGGUAGAAAAGGAAAAAGAAAGGGAAAGAAAAAGGAGAGUUCAUCAAAUAAUAAAAAAAAUAAUAAUAGUAAAGAACAAAUUAAAAAGAAGGGACAUAAUAAUAAAAUGAAGAAUUUGUCUUUAAAAGACAAACCAUAUGUUGAUGAUGAUAAUGUUCCACGUCCUUUUACAGUAUUUAAUAAAUUUGUAUAUAAAAAUUUCCCAGAUAUUUUUAAUUGCUUACAAACCUGGAAUAAACAAGAUACAGAUAUAAAAACAAAUAAAUUAUCUAAAGAAAAUGUUUAUGUAAAAACAAUAAAAUAUUUAGAACUACAAAUGAAAUAUAGUAUAUAUAUAAUGAAUAAAAAAGCAUUUUUAAAUUAUUUAUAUAUUUAUUUUAAAUUCUUAGUAGAAUAUUUAGAUAUAUCAAGAAUUCAUCAAACCUUCUUAUAUUUUAUUCAUACAACAUUAAAUCAUUGCCAAAAAUAUUUCUCAAACUUUGAUAUUUAUUUUCAGAAUAUUCAAGCACCUUAUUGGAGUGAUACAAAUUCAUUAUUAUCUAUGAAUGUGCAUUUUUUCUUUAUAGUCUUAUUUGCUUAUUAUAAUUUUCUUGUACCCUUAUAUAUACUCUUAUGUAGAAAAGAAACCAAGAAAAUGUAUUACUCAUUUUUAAAAUUUAUCAAGGAAAUGCAAAAUGCUAUUUUUUAUAUUCAAAAAAUAUUCCACAAUCAUUUCCACAAGUUAUGUUUAUAA